AUUAUUUUGGCGUGAAGUAAAAUGAGAAGUGGAGUUGAGCAAUCAAGCUGGGAUAGUCGAAGAUGCUGCUUGUUCUACAGCCCUCCACCUUCCACUAUAAUCCUACUUCAAGUAGUAAAUUAUUGUAUAAUAAUACUAGUAGUUUCCAUUGCCAUGUGAAUCUCAAAACCCUAAGGACGGACGAGAGUAAGAAGAACUUAAUUGUUGGUUGCGCCGGAGGCGAGGGUCAAGGCGUGGCGGUGGAGGAGAAAAAGACGUCGUCGACGACGACGACGACGACGAUUCCUCCCGGAAUUGAAGUAUCCCAGGGCUAUCCCACUCCAUUAGGCGCCACGUGUCGUGAUGGUGGUGUUAAUUUCUCCAUUUCUUCAACUAAUGCUUCUGCUGCUACUCUUUGCCUAUUCAACUCUCCUUCGGAAUUGUGCAAGAGAACAGUGAGUGAGCAGAUCUCCCUGGACCCGGUUACCAAUAAGACUGGGAAUGUCUGGCAUGUGUUUCUCCGAGGACAUGAUUUUGAGGGAAUGUUAUAUGCCUACAAAUUUGAUGGCAUUUUUUCUCCUCACCAGGGACAUUACUUUGAUUCCUCCAACCUUUUGAUCGAUCCUUACUGUAAAGCUGUUGCAAGCAGAGGUGAGUUUGGUGUUUUGGGACCUGGAGAUGACUGCUGGACCCAAAUGGCCUGUCAAAUACCUACUGCUGAUGACGAGUUUGACUGGGAAGGAGAUUUACCCUUGAAACUUCAGCAAAAAGAUCAAGUAAUUUAUGAAAUGCAUGUUCGUGGAUUUACAAAGCAUGAAUCAAGUAACAUAAAACAUCCUGGUUCAUACCUUGGGGUAGUUGAAAAGCUUGAUCAUUUGAAGGAACUUGGUGUCAACUGUAUAGAGUUAAUGCCAUGUCAGGAGUUCAAUGAGCUGGAGUACUAUAGCUACAACUCUGUCUUGGGCGAUUACAAGAUGAACUUUUGGGGUUACUCGACUGUUAAUUAUUUCUCACCAAUGGCAAGGUACUCAGCAGCUGGCGUUCACAAUUUUGGCCUUGGUGCAACAGAUGAAUUCAAACUUCUUGUUAGAGAAGCACAUAAACGGGGAAUUGAGGUACUUAUGGAUGUUGUUUUUAAUCACACUGCUGAAGGAAAUGAGAAUGGUCCCAUAUUGUCGUUCAGAGGUGUUGACAACAGUGUAUACUAUAUGCUUGCACCUAAGGGAGAGUUUUAUAACUAUUCAGGUUGCGGGAAUACCAUAAAUUGCAACCAUCCUAUUGUGCGACAAUUUAUAUUGGACUGCUUGAGGUAUUGGGUAAUGGAAAUUCAUGUGGAUGGAUUUCGCUUUGACCUUGCAUCCAUCAUGACCAGGGGUAGCAGCCUCUGUGAUGCGGUAAAUAUAUAUGGAGAUCAAUCUGAAGAUGACAAACUGACAACUGGCUCUCCUCUCUGUAACCCACCAUUAAUUGAUUUGAUAAGCAAUGAUCCAAUACUUCGUGGAGUCAAGCUUAUUGCUGAAGCAUGGGAUUGCGGUGGUCUUUACCAAGUUGGAAUGUUUCCUCACUGGGGCAUCUGGUCAGAAUGGAAUGGAAAGUAUCGUGACACCAUACGGCAGUUCAUCAAGGGAACAGAUGGGUUUUCUGGAGCAUUUGCCGAGUGCCUUUGUGGGAGCCCUAAUUUGUAUCAGGAAGCUGGAAGGAAACCAUGGCACAGUAUAAAUUUCAUUAGUGCUCAUGAUGGUUUUACUCUGGCUGAUUUAGUGACGUACAAUGACAAGCAUAAUUUGGCAAAUGGAGAAGACAACAAUGAUGGGGAAAAUCAUAAUAAUAGUUGGAACUGUGGGCAGGAAGGAGAAUUUGCAAGCUUCUCUGUGAAGAGAUUGAGAAAACGACAAAUGAGAAACCUGUUUCUUUGUCUCAUAGUUUCCCAAGGUGUCCCCAUGAUACAUAUGGGAGAUGAAUAUGGUCAUACCAAAGGAGGGAACAACAAUACAUAUAGCCACGAUAACUAUAUAAAUUACUUCCGUUGGGAUAAGAAGGAUGAAUCCUCAUGUGACUUCUUUAGAUUUUGCUGCCUGAUGACCAAAUUUCGCCGGGAAUGUGAAUCACUUGGAUUAAAUGACUUUCCGACAGCAGAGAGAUUACAGUGGCAUGGUCAUUCCCCUGGGGUUCCAGAUUGGUCUGAUGCUAGCCGAUUUGUAGCCUUUUCAUUUAUGGAUUCAUUAAAGGGAGAGCUGUAUGUUGCCUUCAACACCAGUCAUUUACCUGUGACUGUUAUGUUGCCUGAACGGCCUGGUUUUAUUUGGAAACCUUUGGUAGAUACCAGCAAGCCUGCACCGUUUGAUUUCCUUUCUGAUGACCUUUUGGAUAAAGAGGUAGCUAUCAAGCAGUAUUCGCAAUUUCUUGAAGCUAAUCUGUAUCCUAUGCUUAGUUACUCAUCAAUAAUUCUGUUACUUGCUCCUGAUGAUUGAGAGAAAAAGUUGGUAAAUAAUAUUCCCUGAUAUUAGGCACUGCGAUUACAAAUCCAUAGAAAUGUAUAUAACAGUAGCCAGAUUUUUAUAUUGAGUAUUGACAGAUAAACUGGAAACUCAAUUCAGCAGAUAAUUUUACUGUAGUA